AAGAAGAACUAGAACAUCCACACAUCAAAGAAGAAGAAGAACCUCCACACAUUAAAGUGGAAGAACCAGGACUUCAUCAGUUUAAGGAGGAGCAGGAGGAACCAGAAUCUUCACAGAUUGAGGAACACAAGGAACUCAGUACCAGCCAGAAGGGAGAACCAUUUAUUCUGAAGGUUGAAAGUGAAACCUUUAAGGUUCCUUCUGUUGAGGAUCAAAGUGACCUGAGUGAACCAGGAGUACCAGAGACUGAGCAGUUCCUCUCUCAGGACUCUGAAGUCCACCAUGUGAAAAGACACACCGACUCAGAAUCAACUGGAAAUGCAAAGCUGAAAAAAUUCAACGUGUUUCAUAGAAACAGUGUGAACAACUUUCAUGUUUCAGAGAAGCAGGCUGAAUGUGAAAAGCUUCUUUGUGAAGAAACGUGUGAGAAAACUGACCAUAAAAAACAUCAAUUACGUCAGAAAGCCAAAAAGGUCACUGAUAAGAAGACGAUUUGCCGAACACGUGGUAAAAGUGUUAAUCAGCAGACUCAUAUGUUGAUCCACAUGGGAACUCACACAGGCGAGAAGCCAUAUUCUUGUAAAAUAUGUGGCAAAAGUUUUGCUCGACAAAGUUAUUUGAAGGUUCACAUGAGAUUUCACACUGGUGAGAAGCCAUAUUCUUGUGAAACAUGUGGAAAUGGUUUCAGUAAACGGAGUAAUUUGUUGCGCCACUUGGGAACUCACACAGGUGAGAAGCCUCAUUCUUGUGAAACAUGUGGAAACAGUUUCAGGCAACGGAGUCAUUUGUUCCGCCACAUGAGAAUUCACACAGGUGUGAACCCAUAUUCUUGUGAAACAUGUGGAAACAGUUUCGGGCACCAGAAGAAUUUGUUGCGCCACAUGAGAACUCACCGAGGUGAGAAGCCUCAUUCUUGUGUAACAUGUGGAAACAGUUUCAGGCACCGGAGUAAUUUGUUGCGCCACAUGAGAAUUCACACAGGUGAGAAGCCUUAUUCUUGUGAAACUUGUGGCAAAAGUUAUAAUCGACAGAGUUAUUUGAAGAUUCACAUGGGAACUCAUACAGGUGAGGAGUUUUCUUGUGAAACAUGUGGCAAACGUUUCAGCCAAGAGAGUAAGAUGAAGGUCCACAUGAUAACUCACACAGUUGAGAAGCCUCAUUCUUGUGAAACAUGUGGCAAAAGUUUCAGUCGACAGAGUCAUUUGAAGGUUCACAUCAGAAUUCACACAGGGGAGAAGCCAUAUCCUUGUGAAACAUGUGGCAAAAGUUUCCGUCGACAGAAUAAUUUAAAAGUUCACAUGAGAAUUCACACAGGUGAGAAGCCUCAUUCUUGUGAAACGUGUUGCAAAAGUUUCAGUCAACAGAGUACUUUGUUGUCUCACAUGAGGACUCACACAGGUGAGAAGCCUCAUUCUUGUGAAACGUGAAAAAAGUUUCAGUCGACACAAGUAGUUUGUUGCGCCACGUAAAGAUUCAUACAGAUGAGAAACGGUAUUCUUUUGAAACAUGUAGGAAAGUUUCAGUCAACAAAGUGAUUUCUUGGCCCACAUUGAAACUCACACAGGUGAGAAGCCAUAUUCUUGUGAAAAGAUUUCUUAAUUGUAAUUCAUUGCUUCACCACCGGAAUACUCACAAAUGGAUGAAAUCAUGAAAGAUUAUGAGAGAUGUCAUUCAGGAAGUCCAGCUUGAACCCAAAAUCACAAGAAAUCAUCCAGUUUGAAGGAAAUAUUACUGAUUCAGACACUGUUUGGACUGUACUUCAGGAAAAUAUCAGUUUGUG